AACCCUACGAUAGAUCAAUGGCUCUUUGAUAAUAGAUUCGGCAAAAUCUCAACACCACACCCACCAAAACGUCACAAAGUCGCAGCUUUCUGCAUGUUGCUUGCUUGCAUCAAUAUACCUUAGGUUCCUUUCUUAAUAGAGGGUUUUGACCAUCAAAUCAGACACACCUCUUUCUCACAAUUCGCUCAGUCACUGUUUGCGACUAUCCGAUUUCUCCAUGGCCUUGGACGCAGAACUGGCAGCGGAGCACAAUAUUUGGGCGAUGGUGGACCUGAUUCAGGAAGGGAUGAGGCAGCAUGAGAGAAUAUCGUUGAUUUUUCCCGAUUCGAUGGCGUCGAAUGCGCAUACUGAUGGCGGAGCACCAGAUCUCGGCAACGGUGACCUAAAAAAACCAUCACCGCCAACAUCUCUUCGGCCACAGACGGCGACAAGAACACCCGCUCCACCACCAUCAGCGCCUCCUCCGUUGCAAACCUUUUUGUAGGUUUUGAGUUUUGACGAGAGAUCGGAAGGAAACCGUAAAAGUGAGAAAGAGGGGGAUCGAAUCUAUAUGCAUUUCUCACCAUCAGUCAAUUCUCGUGGAAAUUUUGGAAGCAACUCCAAUGCAUACUUCCAUAGCUUUAUAGCCUUUUGCUUGCAGCUUAUCCAAAUUCAUUCAAUGUGUGCAAAGUGAAACAGAACUUCACAACUGAAUCAGAAUUAGCAAUAACAGCAACACACUAAAAGCCCAAAACUGCAUUCAUCAAUCAAUUACUCGUUCUUUACUUUUAAAUCCCAAGUAACCUAAAGGUCCUAAAUUCGAAUCUUUAAACAACAAAAGUAAACCUAUAUCACCAUUAUUAAAAAAAAAUACAGAAAUAGUAUAGAUUAAGCAUAAGAAAUGACUAUGUUAAUAACAAAACCCAGAGGAAAACAGAGAAUAGUCAUUAUGAAUCGAGUAGAAGAGACAUCACUUUGUCAAGCUUAUUAAACACCACAAUAACAAGAUCCAAACUGUCUUUCCUGCUGCGGUAAUCAUUAUCAAAUCAAGAACAUAAGGGGAAAAACUAACAUAAGAUGGUGAUGAGGUUUUGCUAAGAGAGAUAAGAGCACAGUGGCUCAAACAAUCAUAAAUUGAACUCGAGGAAGCUAAAAUCGCUAGUUCAAUCACAAACUCAGGUAUGAUGUUUUCAGGAAUUCGCACUUCCACUUUUGCAAUUACUUCCAGAUCCACAUAAUGAAUGUAUUGUGCACGCUAUGUGUCUUGGCAUUUCGUUGCUCAUUCUCCUCUUCUCUAUCGUUCGUACUGAAGAAUAUUGAGAGAUUAACUUAAACCACCCAGACUUAUGGUAGAAAAAUACAACAUUAACCACUACUUAAACUCCUAAAUAGUGUGUUAGUGAGAAUGAUUAUGACAACACAUACACCAAGCUACAAAUCAAUAAGACUAGAACAAACUCAGUUACUUUUGAAACGAAAGAAUGGCAAAAUUUUAGUAAAACAACGAAAUUAUGACCAUGUUUUUGCACACUGAUCUGAGAGGUCAAGUUUAACUAAUGGAAUGUGGACAACAUAAAACAAAGUUAUAUAAGCAAAUUCAUAGAGAUUAAAGCCAAAUCUGGAAGUUAAGAAGGAGCCCUGGAUAAUUGCUGCCAACAGAGAAGAGGAACUCAUGUCCUCAAAAUGAGGGGUUGAAUCAACAUACAGAAAGACCUUAUCGGGCUUGAAUUGACUCCCUGAGACAUGAAAAGUCAUUCCUGUGAUAAUACCUUCAAAUCUUUGUUCUUCGUCUUAUGGGAAGGAUUAAGGUGUCUCUUCCAAUUGAGGAUGCAGGUGACACAAAAUUCUUCUAGAUUAAUCAAAAAGAUCAUUCUAGAUUUUAAGGGCAAGAAUACAAGUACCUUGACAAUUUUUAGGUGAACUCGCAACUCCAUCCACUUCUUAAAGACCAAAUCCUGCCAUUGAUUGAUGUAUCUCUUCCAGAGUCUUAUUAUCUCUGUCUUCCAUUGAUAUUGAGUGGUGACUUUCUGUCUUGAAACUUAGUACCUCAGCCUCCUCUAGUUGGAGAUUUUCCUCAUCGCUUUGGUUGGACGCCUACAAAAAGCAUCAGUCAAUCUAUAAAAGUCAAUCCCCAGCAAUUUUCAGUGGGAGCGAUCUUCUUUUGUCAUAGCUUGACAAUCAAGAUGAUCACUUGGUUUGUCUUUGUUUUUUUCUAAACACGAGUUUCAAUAGUUAAUAAAAGAGUUGGACAGAAACAUGGUAGUCAUACUGAUAAAAUUACAUAUAUUCGAUUAACAUGCAAAAGAAUACGAGUAGAUUCAAAGAAGAAAAUACGUCCGUGGUUGUAGAAAUACUGAACCAUAGAUGAAAAUAAGAGAUUGAAAAUCAA